GGUUAUCUGUGAACUCGGCAGCUGUGAGGGUUUUGAUACGGGCUACAAUGUUAUAUACUGUCGCAAUAAUCCGACAGUGAAGUAAAACAGCGAUGCCUUUUCAAACCAAGGCGUCCGCUCUCACGCAGGGUCUGGAGAGGAUCCCUGAUCAGAUUGGUUACCUGGUGAUCAGCGAGGACGGGGUGCUGGCGUCCGCAGGGGAGCUGGAGAACGACGAGCAAGCUGCGGGGCUGAUCAUGCAGAUGGUGCAGACGGCCUGUCGGUUCAGACUGCAUGAUGGGGCCGAGCCACCCUUCAAACGCCUGUCAGUGGUGUUCGAGGAUCAUGCCUACAUGGUGACCGUAUCCGGGCAGAAAGUGUUUGUGGUGAAGCGUCAGAACAACCAGCGUGACCCGGUCAUCGCCUAGGAGACAAGGAGGACAGCCAAUCGCAGCGUGGGGGCCUUGCCUGGGAACACGCUUGCUCACUCCCUCAUUGGGCUGUUUGUGGGUGGGGUUUACUAAUUCACCUGAAACAGAAGCAUUGUAAAGUAUCUGCAUUUUCUGUUGUAAUAAAUCUAUAACAGUAAUAAUAA